ACUUUUCACCACGACUAUUUAUUUAAUGAGCUCAAGGACUCAGGAAGCGCUUCUGCCCCAGAAUGACCGGUAAUAGUGCCUACAUUCUACCUCAGUAUCUAUAUUGCAUCCUUCGAAUCAUCUCUUUUCAAACUUCGCCUAGCCCUGGAGCGCAGAAUCUGACCAGGAGAUCUACAUUAUCGAGCCCCAGUCAGGAGACAUUACGUCAUGGCUCCUUCGAGCUCCCUUCAGAGAUUUCUAUUUUCCAUUGUCCGAACUGGUGGCCAUGUCGCCCUUUAGUUUCGCCGAUUCUGACGACCGCAGAGUUGUUCGUAGGCAAGAAAGAAACAUCAUUACUUCUCGUUGAAUUAGAGACAGGAAGAAUCAAGGCAACGUUGAACUCAAAGAUCUUUGUGUCCUUGGGAUCCAUUCGAGGGCUUUCAGGAUGAUGAUGAUUUGGAUUUGGAUGAGCUUGAAGGAAGCAAGCCCAAGCCCCUGCCACCUACGGAGCUGUUCGUUGAGAGCACAGGUGCGUUGCACCAAUACUCAUCACUAUUUUGG